AUGUUAGUUAGAAAUUUAAUUUUCUCUUUGAUGGGUAUCCAGUUCGCCCUCUGUUACACCAACAAACUGUUUACCAUCAUUAAACAGGAUUCCAUGAAUGGUGGUGCUAAAUUACAGUCAAAAUGGAAUAAACAUCAAAGUUUACACUUAUCUAUGGAUCCGUUAGCUCAUUUACCUUCGGGGUCAAAAAUGCGGGCGGAGAUUUUCCACAACAAGAGCAGCGUGCACCUGCCCUUCUCUGAAUACUUGCACCGCGGCCACGCGUACCUGACGAUAUCUCGGGACCAUAUGCAGACUGCUGUUGACGCCUUCGCUAUUUUUCUUGCGGGUAGCUUAGAAGAUGUAAUGCGCUUGCCUCCAGAAUAUGUGUUGCAAUCAGCUCGAACAAUAGCAAUGAUGAGAAUCGCAAGAGAAAAAUUGGCAAGCACGUGGCUCGUGGUAAAGGGUUCUACACCCACACACGAAGUGACCUAUGAGACCCUUGAGAAAUUUCGGCCACUAUUCAAGUACAUCAACGGUAAAGAGAUGGCCAGGCUUAACUUGUUAGACAAAAGGAUACUUUCAUUUAUUGGAACUCAUCCCGAUUUGAGUAGGCAUCAGGUGGGCGUUAUAGCAAGCCAGUACACACAACUCAACCCGAAUUGGACGGAAGCUCGAUACCUGAACGUUAUGAACAAUUUACUCUGUGGCGUACCAAUGCUCUUCAUGAGAGGAAUACCUAAGCAUACAUACCUGCAACUAACACAUCAGGCGUUAGGCAAGUCUUACAGCUGGAGCGCUCGCGAUGUAUCACGACUAGGCCUACUGCUCGCUGAAGUGGAUGCACAGAGUUUCAGCGCAAUCAAUCCUGAAGCCAUGGCCGGCAUAACGUCACAAGUGGUGUCACAAAUCCCGACGGAAGUCUUGCUCUCUGUGACCGAAAUGCAAAUGCGUUUCAUGGAACCAAAAUCUCUGAACAUCCUUGCAAAAAAGAUAAACGCCUAUCGCAUCCAACGAGGUGGUCUAAUGAAAACAUCCUCCAGUAACCUACUAAAACUUACUGACAUAGUUAUCGAAAGCGCAGUUUUCGAGGGUAAAAAUCAGGGACUACAACUACGAGUCCAAGAUUAA